UCUAAACCUUUUUUAUAGCAAGAUGGAUUAGAAUGAACCUUACUGCAAACUCAAAAACAGAUAUCAAAUCGACAACAAGACCUUUGCCACCAACCUCUUUUCCCAGAACAUGUGGUAAAUCGACAAUUCUACUCGGCCGUGUUGUAGGUGGUCAAAAUGCCAAACCUGGUGCCUGGCCAUGGAAUGCGAUGAUCAGAUAUAAUGGAAUGUUUUUAUGUGGUGGUGUUUUAAUAUAUCCUAACUGGGUUGUUACUGCUGGACAUUGUACAGAUGGUUAUGGAAGAGACGGAUUUCAAGUAGUACUAGGAGACCACAACCGCGUAACAUACGAAAAUAGUGAACAAACAUUUAAAGUGACGAAGAUGAUUCGCCAUCGUAGAUACGACCAGCCAACUAUCUUUAACAACGACAUUGCUAUAAUGAAGUUGGAGAAACCAGCAAUGUUUACUCCGAAUGUUCAACCGGUGUGUUUGCCUCGGCAGAACGAAGUUGUUAGUGUUGGAAAGCUGUGCUACAUUGCAGGUUGGGGCAGAACUUUGCGUGCUGCUCAAACUUCACACAUAUUGCAACAAGCUCCCUUACAAAUCAUCAGUUUCUCUGAUUGCUGGAGAAAAAAUAUGAAAAUUGCACCAAUCACAGAUGAAAUGAUAUGCGCCGCAAAUAUAAAACCAUCGCUUACAAUCCAUUCCGGUUGCCAUGGUGAUUCAGGCGGUCCACUAGUGUGUAGAUACACGGAUGGUGCGUGGGAGUUACAAGGGAUCGUAAGUUGGGGUUCUGCAUCCUGUAACACUACCGAUGCCUACACGGUAUUUGCACGCGUUUCUAAGUUCCGUUAUUGGAUCGACAAUAUUAUUAACCAAGAUCAAGUAAAAAAAGUCAUUAUUUAAGAACUGCUAUAAUAGCGCGAUAGUAUGAAGGAUUAUCUAAAUAUGUUAUUUUUGUUAAAAAUUAAAUCAGUAGAGAUUGUAAUUAUAAAUACUGAUACAAUAUAAACUAUUUUUCCAUCUAUACCUAGAAAUAUUACCCAAGAUUUAAAGUAUAGAGCGAGUUUGCGAGGACGAUGACCGAGGGUAAUAUUUUUUGAAAGAGAUAGAUAAAACAGUUUAUAUUGUAUUUAUUAACUAAGAUUUAUUUUUUAAAGUAAAAAGAAAAAAAAAAUUGAAUGUUUAAAUAGUAACCCCCUGAUUUGCGUUAUUUUUAACUUAGUAAAUUUUAGCGUAACGCCACGCCUUAGGGAGCAAUGCAUAAUCCACUUGUUUUGAUGCAGAGAAACUAAAUAGUUGAAUAGGUGUUCAUAAUUAUUCUCUACAAUAAUACGAAGAGUGUGUCUGUGUCUGUGUGUCUGUAACAGGCAAAAUGGAUUAUAUUUUUUAUAAUUUUCUUCAACAGCGUCUAUGAUAUAUCUUCUAUAAAAAUGUUCUGUAUUUUAUAAACGUUUUGUUUACAAUUGUAAUUGUCUAGAACAAAUCAUGUGAUAAAACAAAAUGAUUUCAUUAGUUAGGGAUAUCAUUGCAUGCUAAUAUAAAUUUACCGUGACAAGUGCUUUGUUGGAAAUCAUUGUACAGAUAAGUCACAGGCAAUUAA